CGAAGAAGACGAUGUUGACGAGGACGAUUAAGAGGGGAUUAGAUAAGAGAAUUACCCAGACUUGUAGAAACUACCAGCGUCCAAUUCCAGCUGGUAAAUUACCAGUUUACGAUCUCGCUCUAGAGGUUUUGGCUGAGGAUAAGAAGAGAGUACAAAGAGAACUUCAGCAGCUGAGAUCUGAUAAGAGAGAGAGAAAUGCUGUUGAUCAGAAGGAAUAUGAGAAACGCAUAAAGUUGCUUGAGAUCCUCGAAGGAAGCAACGAUCCGGAAGUAAGAUACAACUUUGAGAAUGGAAAUGUUGAUAUGUCAAAGCCAUAUUACAGAUAUUUGGCAGAGAAGGACUUCCUUAGAGGGGGCAGAAAGGAUAAACUGCUCGAAAGACUGCAUCAGAUGAACGUUGUACCAGACGUUGUACCUCCAUUUACGCCUAGCGUUGAACUGGUCCUUGAUUUCCCUAAAGACGAACAAGCGGAAGGCGAAAGUGCAGUAAGACCAGUCAUAGCCGGUUCAUUUGUUAGACCGGGAUUGUCGUUUGAUAAACCAUCAAUCGAUAUUAAAAUAUUCGAUGGUAGAGAGUCACUUUACUCACUUUUGAUUGUUGAUCCGGAUGUACCAGAUGCUGAUAACGAGAAGUACACGAACUACCUUCACUUCUUGAAGUCAAACUUAAAGCUAUCAGCUAAUACAACAAAGGAGGAGCUCGAAAAGCAACUGGAAAGUGCGACAGUGGGAUGGAUACCACCACACCCAGCCCAAGGGACAAAGUACCACAGAUAUACAGUGUUAUUAGUUGAACAAACUAACGAAAUUCAACCAAGUGACGUUGAGAGACAUGGAUUUGAUAGCAGGAAGUACGUAGAGAGCAUGAAUGGACGCGUAGUUGGUGGACACAUGUGGAGAGCAGUACACGACGCAGACAGCAGCAAAGUAUUUAAGGAAAUAUUGAAAAUAAACGAACCAAUUUAUAAAUAAUUUCUUUCUUAUAAACGUCGACGAUGACGAGUGUAGAGUUGAUUGAUAACUAUUUCUUAGACUAUGAGAAUAUAAUAGACACAGUAUCUAAUAAGCUCUAUACGGAUAUUAGUGCGCAGUCUGGCCUCGAGAGGAAAUCAACGCUGAGAUGGCUCCAGAAUGAGUUGAACGAGGCUGACGAUAUACUCACGCAAAUUGAAUUCGAGAUACCUUCACUCGCUGCCGAAUUCAAGGAUCACUAUCAAUCUAAGCUCAGAAGCAACAAAUCUACACUAUCAAAGCUCAAGGAUGAGACUGGACGCCUUCUAGAUAGCUCAGAUAGACAUGAAUUGCUAGCUGGGAGCUCAGAUUCCCCUUACUAUGACGACCAGCAAGAACGCCAAGAUUUACUACUCGAUGCCGACAGGAUGGAUAACACUAAUGCGAGGUUAGAGAAUAGUCACAGAAUCGCACUCGAUACCGAGGACGUUGGUGCUGAGAUAUUACGUAACCUCCGUCAACAGAGGGAGCAGAUCGAGAACACGCACAACACGCUCGGUGAAGCUGACACAGGUAUCGACAGAUCAAUGAGAACAUUGAAGAAAAUGUGGAGACACUCAAUCAAGCAGAAAGCUGUGACUUGGCUUAUAAUAGGAAUACUAGUUUUACUGAUUUUAAUAGUUUUAUGGGGAAAAUUCAUGUAAAUUACUUAAAUUGAUGUCUUCUCUCUUUCUUUAUUACGA